UUGAACGAAAACAUUGUAUGCUAUUAUACUCUUACCACGAAGUUAAUUUUUGCAUUUGUGUCCUCCAAAAACUUGCGACAGUGCGAAAAAACGUCUCUUUAGAUAGUUGCUCUGUAAAUAGAUGACUAUUUCCUCCCCAAUUGAGUGUUAAAGUUCCACAAAUUUCAAGUGAAGUCAAACACAAUUCAAUAAUAUGAAUUAAAUAAAUAUCAGGUAUAUCUACAGAUAUAAAGGACCGUUCAAUUUCCAGAAAGAAUUAGGUACAUUAGUUUAGAAUGCAGUCCAAUAAUAUUUUCGUAGUGAUUUUUCUAGCAAAGUUCACAGUAGGGCUUAUGAAAGACAGUCCAAUAGUUCUAGAUGGUCAAAUUACAUCAGGUAUUGAGGAACAACUUAUAAUGCAACCAUCCUUUUACGGCUUUAGAGAAAUUGCUUUGGAUAAAUCGCCAACUAGAAAUUUGCUAUUUGCUAACGAAAAUCCAAUAGUUACAAUUCCAGAUGGUCGAAUUCAAGGUACCAAGGAGGAAACUAUAAUGCAAACAACUUUUUACGCCUUCAGAGGAAUUCCUUUUGCUAAACCACCAAUUGGUGAUUUGCGAUUUGCUCCACCACAGAAAAAUGACCCAUGGAUAGGGAUUCUCAAUGCAACUGCUGAUAGAGAUUCGUGUCCUCAAAUAAACGCAGGGUCUGUAGUAGGUUCAGAAGAUUGUCUUCACCUGAGUGUGUAUACGCCAGAUUACAAAGGAAAUUUUCCGGUAAUGGUUGAAAUCUAUGGAGGUGGCUUUGAAAUAGGAACGUCCAAUUUCAAUUCAUACAGACCAGAUUAUCUUCUUGCUAAAGAUGUUGUGUAUGUUGCCUUAAAUUAUAGAAUUGGAAUUCUAGGAUUUCUCAGCACUGGCGAUAUGGCUUGUCCAGGAAAUAAUGGUCUCAAGGAUCAAAUUUUAGCCCUAAAGUGGGUGCAAAAAUGUAUUAAAAAUUUUGGAGGAGACCCAAAUAGGGUUACUGUUUUCGGACAAAGCGCUGGUGGGAUUUCCAUUGCAUAUCUUGUACAAAGUCACAUGGCUAAAGGUUUAUUUCAUAGAGGAAUUAUGCAAAGUGGUUCAAGUUUAUGCGCUGCGGGAUUAACGUUAGAAGCACCAAAAAGAGCAUUUGAAAUUGGCCAAUUAUUGGGAAUAAAAACCACAAAUUCUUCGGUUCUUGUUGAAAAUUACAGACAAGUUAAUAUAACAGACUUAUUAAGUGUACAAAAUAUUUACAGUAUUAAGUUUCUUCUAUCUGAUCUCCUAACAAGAGCAUUACCAUUUGGUCCUGUCCAGGAGCACCAUCAUCCGGAAGCAGUCUUUUCAGGAAACAGUUAUGAGCAGUAUUCAAAAGGAUAUUUUCAACGCAUACCUUUGAUGAUAGGCUCUACCUCUAAUGAAGCCGGGCCUUUAAUUCAAAGUUUGCCCUUAUCUCUAAGUACACUGGCACUCUUUGAAUCAGAUGUUACUAAGUUUGCACCUUCAAACAUAACUCAAAAUAUUACAAAACGUGUAUCAGUUGGCACAAAAGUAAAGACAAGAUUUAUUGGAACUAGUCCUAUAAUUAGUCAAUUGCCGAAUUUUGUGACGUUUCUCGGCAGAGACGCUUUUUCUAGACCAAUCAGGGAAACUGUUCGCCUAAUGUCUAAGUAUACAGAAAUUUAUUACUAUCAAUUUUCAUAUAAAGGACUUUUGGGAAACCAAAAUAGAGAAUACGAAGGUGCAUCACAUGGCGAAGAUGCUAUCUACUUAUUUGCUUUUCCAGACAGUGCUGCUACAGUUAUGGAUUUGAUCAUGUCAGAUAAGAUGGUUACUUUGUGGACGAAUUUCGCUAAAACAGGAAAUCCCACGCCAGCAUGGUCCUCUAAAUGUUCCAAAUCAGUAUUAGGGAAUUUGGUUUGGAAACCGAAUACGAAUACACAUAGUACACCCGAUCACUCUAUACAGUAUCUCAAUAUAAACACAACUCUGAGAAUGCAGACGAAUCCGUUUCAGGAAGAUUGGCUCUUUUACAAAAAUCUUUAUUUGCUUUAUGGAGAUCCACCUUACUUCACUUAUUAGAGCUGUUGAAAGUGUAUCAAAAGUGUAUAAGUGGCUAAAGUACAUCAAAUCAAAUAAGCUUUAUUGCUAUAAACAAUGGUGAAUAUAGAAACAAAAACAAACUGCGACAAUUAUUAAUUAAUUUAAGUGACCUAUUUAUCAAAUCAAAAUCUUAUCACCUUAUUUAAAAAAAACGCAAAAUUUAAAAAUAGUUACCUACUUUUAUGCACUUUAAGGAUUAACAGUACUUUUUUAAUCCCUGUUUUAAGGGAGUAAAGUGGGGCUUCUAAUCCCCGGAAUUAAAUUUCACUUUAUGUCCCAAGGAAUUAAAUUUUUACUUUAUUCCCCGGGGAUUAAAUGAAACAGGAAAUAAAAGGGUAAUUUUAAUCCCUUCAAAGUACAUAAAAUAGUGUAUACCUACACCUCAGGACUAAAGUAUUUUUUAAUCCCUCGACAAACUACCAUUUGUCAACUACCAUUUGUCUUGGGAUUAAAAGUACCACUUUAGUCCCUAGGUGUAUAAUGUACUAUUUCGGCUAAAGAGUUUUAAUUAAUAAUAAAAAUGUAUUGAACAGGAUGAAAAAGUAAAUGUUACAAAAAUAGAUCAUGCACAAUAUUGUUAGAAUAAAACUUUCCCAAUAAAUAAAAUGCUUCAUUUAUGUGUAA